CGGACAGAUAAAUUUGGCUUUGAAACUGCAAGCGGAAACUCGAGAGUAUCCGUUACCCAAAAUGGUGACGGCUCCGUGUGCGGCAUCGGGUCGCGUCUGUAAACGCGGACACGGGGGUGCCGCGAAGCGGGGAGCCGAAGCCUUGUGUCGCAGAAGUUGAUGCAGUUCAAGUGCUGUUGAUGCUGAUAUAAAGACGAUGGAAGGAGGUGUUGAAAGAUACCAGAUCACCUACUAGAACAAUACAAGAAAAGUCAAACCACACAUACAAACACCAUGUCUCAGCAAAAGAUGAAGCCAACGUUCGAUGAUGUUAUGGGCUGCCAGUCAGCAUGCUACGAGUGGGCAGAUAGCUACGAUAGCAAGGACUGGGACCGUCUCCGCAAAUGCAUUGCCCCAAAUCUGAAAAUCGACUACCGCUCUUUCCUCGGCAAGAUCUGGGAAUCUAUGCCAGCUGAAGAGUUUGUUGCCAUGGCCUCCGAUCCCGCUGUGCUCGGCGACCCACUGCUCAAGACCCAACACUUCAUUGGCGGCACACGGUGGGAGAAGACGGCCGAGGAUGAGAUGACGGGGUUCCAUCAAUUGCGUGUACCGCACCAGAGAUACACGGAUGAGACGCGCUCAACGGUUGCAGUCAAGGGUCAUGCCCACAGCUUCAACACGCAUUGGUACAAGAAGAUCGAUGGCGAGUGGAAGUUUGCGGGGCUGAAUCCCGACAUCCGGUGGUACGAGUAUGAUUUCGAUAGGGUGUUCCAGGAGGGGAGAGAUUCGUUGAAGGAGGCAGAGGAGAAGGAGAUCAAAGCGGCUAGCGGUGUCCCGGCGAAGGCAUGAAUGGGU